AUGGAACCAGAAACAGGCAACAAGCCAAAGUCUCCACCGCCACAACCAAAACGCCGUUCAAUCUGCGACAAUUGUGACCGUCCAAUCCCAGUUUGCCUCUGCCACGUCAUUCCGAUCCCACCAAUCCCAACAAAAACACAAAUCAUUAUAAUCCAACACCCCCACGAAUCCCACCACAAACUCAACACUACACCUCUCCUCACCAAAUCACUCCUCAACUCCACCUCCAUUAUAACCCGCCGCCUCACCUCCAACACCCUUACAAACCAACCACCUUCCUCCACGUACUACCUAUUCCCACCCUCACAAUCCUCACCAGCUGUACCUCUAUCGAACCUCAAGGCAGCAUUUCAAAAAGACGCCCCUGCGGUCUUGAUCGUGUUUGAUGCCACGUGGAAGCAUGCUAAGGAGAUGGUGAGUGCUAGUGAAGGGUAUUUGAGUAAAUUCGCAAAAAGGGUGUGUUUGGAUGGGUUUAAUGAAGGUAUAGAAGGAGGGAGUAUUUAUGAUUCUGACUUGGUUUUGAGAAAGGAACCCUGUGGCGGGUGCGUUAGCACUUUGGAGGCUGUGGCUAGGUGGUUAGGCGUUGUGGAGGAAAAUGGGCUUGAGAUUGAAGAGCGAUUGGUUGGGGUUUUGAAAGAGAUGGUUAGAUUGCAGGCCCAUUUUUUGAAGCCCAUGAAGCCUAGGCCUAAGUUGUUGAAGAAAAAUAAACAAAUAGAACAACAAAAAUAUAGUAGCGAUGAAUGA